UUGAAUCUUGAAUACAAGUCGCUGCACUUAGAGGUUACGAAGCAAAGGCGGAAUGCCAAUCCGCGGACUAUGAUCCAUUACAAACAACAGUUUCUGAACUCUCUUCUAUUAAGUGGAAGAUUUUGGUUUACUUGGAACUAAAGAAACGUACUAUUUUGUGCCUUUUUAGCAGAAAGUACAGAAGUAAAAGAUUGCAGUAACUUUUUGAAGUGUUCUCAAGACAAAUCUGGUGCCAAACAUAAGAAGAAGAUGCGAUGGGAGCCCCCAGUGGGUCAAGGCUUUCUGGGAUGCAGAGACAAGUACUUGGUCUAUAUAGAGGGUUCUUGCGGCCAGCUUGUUCAAAAUCUCCUGAAGACCGACACAAGAUUGAAUCAUUUGUAUCAGAUUAGUCCCGCAGCAAUGCUAAGCAAGUAGACCUCAAAAAUUUCCUUUAUAUUGAGUACUUGCUUCGUCGUGGGAAGAAACAGCUUGAUCAGCACAAGACCCCGAAUACUGUUGGAUUAUCAGCCCUCAAUGUCAAGUGUUUCUCAAGCCAAAUAUCCUGCACAUUGAAGAGUUCCUCUUUAUUAUAUACAUACUGAGCUAGAUUUAAUUUUCUCCAUUAUUUAAACAGAGUAACGUAGGAGAAGAACUAUUUAGCUGAACCAUCAUGUAGGGUAAGUCUAAAUUGAGCAUUUUAUUAAUGCUCGUAGUUACGAGUAUUACCUUCCAGAUGAUAAUAUAUUUAUUGAUAGUCCAACUCCUAUUGUUCCUGUUCUUUUGUCUCUCAUUGUUGUUAGACGAUAAAUAAGAGCUGAUUUGAUCCAGGAUAUCAAACCUUCGUACUCUUUUUCUUUCCGGGGUCUUGAUUUUUAGUGUGGAAUAACAUUUCACACUCUAUACACGCUGUCAGUCUGAUGUGUGACAAAAUUUCAAAACACAUGUGGACAAUUUGAUCACAUUAUUUAUUUAACUCAUUUGAAACCUGUGGUCAAUUUUCCCAACAAGUCUUCCCUAAAGAUAGGUAUGGUAUCUAUUUUAAGUCUCUUCCUCCUAGUCUUCCACACGAUAUGAUAGAUCUAUUUCUCUCAAAAGUCAAGUCUCUCACCUCUUUGCUUCCAUUCAUUCUUGAUCUUUUUUGUUGCUGGAAUGAAUGAAAUGAACAUUGAAUGAUCAAAAGCUGCUAUAUUUUAAGUCGAUCCGAUCCCAACUUCAUGUUCCCACGAAACCAGUGGGGAAGAGAAGAAACCAGGAAACACAAAUACAUGUUUUCCAUGAUAGUUAAUUCCAAGCCUUGAAAUAGCUAGUGUUGAAAGCUUCUGGGGUUACUCAUAUAUAUAGUCCUUGGAUACCUACUCUUCUACUAGUAGGAAUAUCGGAAAUGAGCGUACAAAGAACCUCUACAUCUUUUCCCCCUUCAUCUCCUCAGUGGAAAUAUGAUGUCUUUUUGAGUUUUAGAGGUGAGGAUACUCGAAAGUCUUUUACAGACCAUUUAUACACUGCAUUAGAUCAUCAAGGCAUCAUAACUUUCAGGGAUGAUCCUCAACUUCAAAAAGGGGAAGCUAUUUCUCCAGCACUUUUUGCUGCAAUUGAAGAAUCAAGAUUUGCUCUCAUUGUUCUCUCACAACAUUAUGCAUCGUCAACAUGGUGCUUGGAUGAACUUGUAAGAAUUCUUGAAUGUAUGAAAGCAGGAGAAACUGUCCUGCCAAUUUUCUACGAUGUUGAUCCUUCUGAUAUACGAAAGCAAACAGGGAGUUUUGGAGAAGCCUUUGCUAAUUAUGAAGAAAGGUUUAGAGAUGACAAAGAGAAAGUGCAAAGGUGGAGACAUGCUUUAACAGAAGUGGCAAGUUUCUCUGGGUGGAAUUCAAAGGAAUGGUAUGAAUCAAAGCUCAUCAGAGAUAUUGUAGAAGUUAUAUGGACAAAAUUGCAACCUACAUCAUUCAGUUAUGCAGAAAAUCUAGUUGGGAUUUACUCAAGAUUGCAGCAAGUCAAGUUUCUUUUAGAUGUAGGGGUGGAAGACGUCCGCUUCAUUGGGAUAUGGGGAAUGGGCGGGAUUGGUAAGACAACUAUGGUAAGAGUGGUGUAUGAGAAAAUCGCUCGUGAAUUUGAAUUUAGUUUCCUUCUUACCGAUGUUAGAAACUCCUCCGAAAAAAGUGGCCUACUUAAUUUACAAAAGCAACUUCUCUCUGGGAUUUGGUCAAAAAAUGUCGACAUAUCAGACCUUCAUGAAGGAGCCACCAUUAUAAGGAGGUUGUUAGGUCACAAAAAAGUUCUUCUCAUUCUUGAUGAUGUGAACCAUUCAAGCCAUUUAAAAUAUUUGGCAGGAAACCGAGAGUGGUUUGGUUCAGGGAGUAGAGUUCUCAUCACAUCUAGAAAUGAACAUUUGUUGAUUGAACAUGGAGUGGAGAGAAGAUUGAAAGUUGAGGAAUUUAAUGAUGAGGAUUCUCUCCAGCUUUUUAGCUGGAAAGCAUUCAAAAGAGACCACCCUGAAGAAGAUUUUCUUGAUUUGUCAAAAUCUGUUAUAAGUUAUGCUAAAGGCCUUCCUUUAGCUCUUGAAGUACUAGGUUCUUUUUUUCAUGGAAGAGAUCUAAGUGAAUGGAAAAGUGGACUGAGAAAACUGGGAAGAGUUUGUAACUUGGAAAUUUUCGACAUACUUAAAACAAGUUAUGAUGAUCUAGAUUCUGAAGAGAAGAAAAUAUUCCUAGACAUUGCAUGUUUCUUUAACGGACAGGACAAAGAUCGAGUAACAGAAGUAUUAAACAGUUGCGAUGUUUCUGCAAUUAUUGGAAUAAAAGUCCUGAUGGAAAGAUCUCUCUUGACUAUUUCUCAUGGAAGACUAAGGAUGCACGAUUUGCUCCAAAAAAUGGGACGGGAAAUUGUCCGCCGGGAAUCUCCUAACGAGCCGAGCAGGUGCAGUAGGUUGUGGCUUCUUGAAGACAUCAAACAUAUCUUGACCAAUAAUUCUGGAACUGAAGCAAUAGAAGGCAUAUUUGUGGACUCAACCGACUCAGAAGUAAAGGUGGACGUGAAUCGAAAAUCAUUUUCAAUGAUGAACAAAUUGAGAUACCUGAAGAUUAAUAAUGGGAAUCUACCUAAGGGGCUUGAAUAUCUUCCCAAUAGUUUACUGAUUCUUGAUUGGACGAGGUAUCCGUUAAAAUCUCUGCCAUCACAUUUCAACCCUCAAAAGCUGCUCGAACUUAGCUUGUGUCAUAGUUGUAUUAAACAUUUCCGGAUGGGAACUGAGCCUUUAUACAAUUUGAAAACCAUUGAUCUGAGUCACUCUCUGGAUCUUGUCAGAACCCCAAACUUUAAAGGUAUGCCAUAUCUCGAGAUUCUGUGUCUUGAAGGUUGUAUAAGAUUGUAUGAGGUUGACCCAACAAUUGAAGUGCUUGAAAGACUUACUGUGCUGAACUUGAAAGAUUGCAAACAUCUUGUGUGUCUUCCAAGCAGUAUAGGUGGCUUAAAAUCUCUCAAAGUUCUCAAUCUUUCUGGUUGCUCAAAGCUUGACAACCUGCCAGGUGAGCUGGGUCAUGUUGCUUGUUUGGAGAAGCUUGAUGUGAGUGGAAGUGGCAUAAGAGAAGUGCCCUCCUUUAUUGGUCUUUUGAAAAACCUCAAAGAAUUAUUUCUUGCUGGAUUUAAAGCACAGUCACCUAAAUCAUGGAAUAUGAUGUUCAAUCCCUUUGAGUUAUUGCGAAAAAGAAGUCACAUUCCCACAAGAUUGUCAUUGCCUUGUUUAUUUAGUUUGCAUUCAUUAGCUAAACUGGAUCUAAGUGACUGCAAUCUUUUUGACGAAGCAAUCUCCAGUGAUUUUGGAUGUUUAGCCUCAUUAAGAAUUCUAAAGUUGAGCAAAAAUCAAUUCGUUAGACUGCCUGAGAGCAUCAGCCAGCUCCCUAGACUUGAAAGUCUUCAGUUGGAUUUGUGUAGCAAGCUUCGGACAUUACCAGAGCUUCCAUCUCAUGUAUGGGUAUACGCUAGCAACUGCAUUUCAUUAGAUACAUCGGCCAAUCAAAGAGGACAAUGCAAUUCUGUACUAGGAGGAUAUUUUGGUAACUGUUUCAAAAUGGUGGAGAAUGAAAGUUGUGGGAGUAUAGCACUUUCAUUGCUAACACGCUACCUUAAGUUUCAACGUUACGGUUCUUCUGUACAUUCAUUUCAUAAAUCAUUUGACCAUAGAAGAUUUGACUUUGUUGCUCCUGGAAAUGAAAUACCCGAGUGGUACAAUCACCAAAGUGUGGGGUCUUCGAUAACUGUAGAGCUGCAUCCUGGUUGGUUUACUAACAAGUGGAUGGGAUUCACCGUCUGUGCCGUUUAUGGACUCAUCAGACCACUCCCGCCUAGGGUUGGGUGGACUAUUGGUUACUCAUUGACGGCCAAUGGACGAUCAUUGGAUGGUAACAGUCUGGGGUCUACGCAAAAGCAGGAUCAACAUGUGUUGGAUCAACCUAUGUUAGAUCACAUUUGGUUCUUCUAUGAGAAUUGUGAUCGCGUUUGCUAUGCACAUGAGUGGCAGGAUAUUUACCACCACCUUGAAUUUUCAUUUAAACUCACCAUGUAUGAGGACAUGCAUGGAGUGGAGAUUCCGCAAGUGAAGAAAUGUGGGGUCCGUGUGAUAUAUGAGGAAGAUGUGGAGGAGAUUUGGCAAACAUUAUUGAAGGAGAGCAAUCCCAAGCGAGGGCUUCAACAAAAUGAUGAUGAUGCAGCAUCUAGUAGUGCAAGUCAGGCUCAUUCACAACUCCUCCUUGAUGGCGCAGGACCCGGUGGAAGCCCUUAGAUUCAUGACCACAAACACGGUUAAUGCUGAUAAAGUAAUAUGGGUUUCACAUCCAAAGCCAAUUGGCAAUGGAUGGAGUGACCCAAACCCUUAUAAACCUAUAAGCAAAGUUAUAUUUUUUCAAAUGUGGGAGUUAUAUUUAUACACAUUCUCAACACACCCCCACACGUGUGGCAAUUUCUCAAGCCAUACACGUGGACAAGUUAUAUUGGGUGACGGUGAGCACGUAUGGCCAUCGCUGAAACCAAUCCUUAUAAACUCAUAAGCAAAGUUAUAUUUUUUCAAAUGUGGGAGUUAUAUUUAUACACAUUCUCAACACGCCCCCACACGUGUGACAAUUUCUCAAGCCAUACACGUGGACAAGUUAUAUUGGGUGACGGUGAGCACGUAUGGCCAUCGCUGAAACCAAUCCUUAUAAACUCAUAAGCAAAGUUAUAUUUUUUCAAAUGUGGGAGUUAUAUUUAUACACAUUUUCAACACGCCCCCACACGUGUGACAAUUUCUCAAGCCAUACACGUGGACAAGUUAUAUUGGGUGAUGGUGAGCACGUAUGGCCAUCGCUGAAACCAAACACGUGGGUAACCCACUCUGAUACCAUCAUAAGCAAAGUUAUAUUUUUUCAAAUGUGGGAGUUAUAUUUAUACACAUUCUCAACACGCCCCUAC